AUGCUACGUUCUCUAGCCUCUCUUUUUACUCCUAUUCCCAGUCCUCCACAGUUGAACCCUCCUCGCCUCACCAUGGCUCCUCUCAUCUCUUCCUUCAAUGAGAAUGUCCGUCCGAUGCUGGAUGCGAUCGACAAGCUCCGGCUUCUAGGUCUCAAGGAAGAGGGGAUCGAGCUCCCAACGAUCGUUGUGGUCGGUGAUCAGUCCAGCGGCAAGUCCUCCGUUUUGGAAAACCUGUCUGGAAUCAGCCUGCCGAGAGGCAAGGGAAUUGUCACUCGAGUGCCACUGAUCUUGAGGCUCCAGUCAUGUGUGAAAGGACAGGAAAUGAUAACGAUCGAAUACACCCCCCUUACCGGUAAGGUGUCCAAAGUCUUGCCUGAUGAAGAACUGAUUGAGCAGGAGAUUUCCGAGGCGACUGUGGCCUUGGCUGGGAACCGGAAAGGCGUGAUGAAUUGCCCAAUUACCCUGCAAGUGCAGCGCCCCGACUUACCUGAUCUGACGCUGGUGGAUCUGCCUGGAAUUACACGUGUUCCUAUUGAGGACCAGCCGAAGGACAUCUACGACCAGGUUAAGGCAAUGAUCAUGCAUUACAUUACUCCGGAAGAGAGUGUAAUUCUUAACGUUCUUGCAGCUGAGGUGGAUUUCACGACAUGCGAGUCCAUUGUGAUGUCGCAAGAGGUUGACGAGGAUGGAGAUCGCACCCUGGCUGUCGUCACCAAGGUUGAUCGGGCUCCUGAUGGCCUUUAUGAGAAAAUUCAAGGAAAUUCGGUGCGGAUUGGGCUUGGCUAUGUGUGUGUCCGGAACAAGACAGACGCUGAUGCAUCUCAUGACGAUGCAAGAAGGGCGGAAGCUGCUUUCUUCAACAACCAUCCUGAAUUGUCCCAGAUUGAGCCCCAUUGCCUCGGAAUUCCAGCCCUUGCUCAAAGGCUGACGGAGAUUCAGGCCAAGAGGGUUGCAGACAGCAUCCCAAGGAUCAGACAGGCCAUUCAAAAGGCUCUUGUUGGUAAGGAGUCUGAACUUGAGAUUAUCCCGUUUGCUGCCACCUCUAACGCUUCAGCAUUGGGGAUUGUUUCUUCAACGAUCCAGAAGAGACGGGACAUGAUGAGUGGUGUCAUCGGUGGGAAGUAUGGCCCGUUUCAGAGUGAUGAUGCGAUGCACUAUGCUGCCAGGCUGCAUGAGAAGUUCAACAAAUUCGAGGUGCAGAUGAGGGGUGUCCUUCCGGACUUCCUUGGAACCGACUACUCUGAAAGGUGUAAAGAAGCUUUGAAAGAGGUGGCUGGGAUUUCGCUCCCAAACAUGUUUGACCAGGCUGUGGUGAAGCAGCUUGUCCAGGAGGUGGUGGACAGUGUUGAAGGGCCGUGCUUGCUCCUAGUGAACGACUGUUUCGCCUAUGCAACCGAGGUGCAGCAGGCUGUGGCAUCACACAUCUGUGGGAUUUACCCUGGGCUGAACAACGUGGCUCACCUUCAAGGCCUCAAUGCCCUGAGGAAGGCUAAGGAGUCAGCAAGCCGUUUCAUUCAAGACAUGCUGACUAAGGAGAAGAAGGUGAUCUUUACGCUCAACCAUUACUACAUGGACACGGUGUCUCAAAUCCAUGUGAAAAUGGCCGAAUACAAGAAAGGGCAGCCUGGUAGCUCGGAGCAAGGUCCCCCUCCUAUUCCUUCUAUUGGAGACUUCGCCUCCAGCACUGCUUCACUCGCCAAUCUGAUAAGCAACGACGACCAGGCUGCGAGGGAUCUUCAGAUCAACAUGUUUUCUUAUGCCAAGGUGAUGCACAAGAGGUUGUGUGAUGUGAUCCCCAUGGAGAUUCGGAUGUGCCUUGAGAAUGCUCUCCUGGAUGGCAUUGAUGGUGCUGUGUGGCGGGAGAUUCAUGCUGGAGACAUAUCUAAGAUAGCAGCCCUGAAGGCUGUUGAUCAGCAGCGUAGGGUUCGACUGGAGGAGAGCAUAAAACGGCUGAAGGCAUCUGAAGCCACGCUGCUUGCUCCCUUCCAGUUGCGCCCAUCCCAGUUCCCACCACCCCCAGCCAUCAACCUCCAACCGCCGCCUUGUUGCGCUACGAGCAGAAGCUGCCACGUGUCCAACUUCUGCCCCGUCCCUCCGCCCAUAGCGCGCCAACACCUAUCCAGAUCCGCCCGCGCAUCCGCUCAUUCUUCCCCCGCGCGCCCGCUUCCCCCGCUCGUUGGCUGUAGCGCCGCUGUAGCGGACAGAGCGGGCAGGAGAGGGCGGAGAGGGCGGGUCAGGGCUGGGAGUGGGUGGGCGGGCGUGGGGAAUGGGGAGAGACAGCAAGAAAUUGGUUCGGAAGAAGGGUGGGGUGAAGAAGAGCAGAGGGAUGGAGGGGAUAGGGGUGGCGAGGAAAGGGAGGAAGGAGAGGAGUGGGAAGGAGAGGAGGGGGAGGAUGAUCUGGUGGAGGGUGGAUCUAUUUCGCUUGAUAACGGGCCCCCACCCCAUCCACCUUCUACUCUGUUUCACUCUGUUGCCCCUCCCUCCUCGCACAUCCCUCCUUUCUCGAAAGGUCCAUGUUUUUGGAUAAAUCUGGAAUUACAAUUUCAGUUCUACUCAUCGGACCAAGGCCCUUCAAACCCGGAGAACCGAGCAGCAGAAUACGCAGCAGCAGCAGCAGCAGCAGCAGGAGCAGCUUCAGGGGUAAUCUCAGGAAGUAACAGCAGCAGCAGCAGCAGCAGCAGCAGCAGCAGCAGCAGCGCCAGCAGCAGCAGUGACAGCAGCAGCAGCAGUGGCAGCAGUGGGGGAGCCAGCGGGGGGGCGGGGCUGUACCGAGUGCCGGUGUCGGGGGGCGUGCAGAGCGCCACUGCCUCCCACGGGCUGCCCUCGCCUGCUGUUGCCGUGCGCAACCUCGUGGAGCAGGUGAGACGGUGGUGUGUGUGGGGCCAGGUGGUGUGUGUGAGGAAGGUGGUAUGUGGGGCAGGUGGUAUGUGGGGCAGGUGGUAUGUGGGGCAGGUGAUAUGUGGGGCAGGUGGUAUGUGGGGCUGGUGGUAUGUGUCUCGCAACCUGGUGGAGCAGGUGAGAUGGCCGGUGUGUGUGUGGGGCAGGUGGUGUGUGGGGCAGGUGCUUUGUGGAGCAAGCAGUAUGUGCCACGGGCAGGCUGUCCGCGGCCAGUGUGUGCAUGCGGGACAGGCGCGCUUCGCCCAUCUGUGCAGCAUCAUGUCGCGCAUGCACCACCGCCGCAAGGGCUACCCGUUUGGCUCGCUCGUCGACUUUGCCACCGACGACGAGGGCCGGUGGAGUGGGCUGGCCAACGCACGGGCCACCAUAUUUGGAGACGUGUAUCCGGUGCCGCCGUCCCAGCAGCAGUGGGCACAGCGCUUCUGUGAGGAGGCCCAGCCUUUCAGCCGCCCCAGGUGGAGUGGGCUGGCCAACGCACGGGCCACCAUAUUUGGAGACGUGUAUCCGGUGCCGCCGUCCCAGCAGCAGUGGGCGCAGCGCUUCUUUGCCCGCCGUCACCACCACGGCGCCGCCCAGAUGUGGGGCAACUUCAGCUACUACCGCAUGCAGCAGAUCUGUGACAUCUAUUUCGUGGGCGGCUUUGGCACGGUGGCGUGGAUUGAUGUGAAGGACUACCUUGCUGCCACACCGGAUGCCAUCGUGCUGCAUGACUCUGAGGCCAUUCUGCAUCGCCAGCUGGUGUCGAUCCUGCCGCAGCCUGUGGACGAUGCACUGUUCAUCAGCAUCGACGGCAAGGGUGUUGACAUCCGUGUCCGGCAUGGCGCUAAGUUCAAUGUGCAGCGGCUGUCAUUCAGUGCAUCAUCGGAGGUGCGGGACACAGAGGAGGCCGUGGCAGCGCUGCACCAGGUGCUUAGCCAAGGCGUCACCCCUCUCUCCAACGGCAUGCUGCAAUAA